AGCGGAAGAGACUGGAUUGACGCGGGCGGUGCUCAGACUCGGCGUGACUCCAGGUAAACUCUGCACUGGGAGGUCCCCUGUCUGCGACCACACCGUUUAGGAACUCUUUGGAGUUUAUCUGCGUAAAAUCUGUUUAUAAAGACAAAAGCGUAGAAGACCGCUUUUCACAAACAAGCGGAUGGAAAUCAAGGAACAACGCAACCUACGUGGGUUUCCCGUGUUGAAUAAACUUUCCAUCCACGCUUUACUUCGUGCUCCGAUUUAAUGCCCAACAAAAACAGUUUUCAUGGACAAGAAGAGGCACCUAAAAGGCAUCUUCAUUUGCAUUGCAGCAGCAGUGAUUUUCAUCUUUUUCUAUCUCAAUUCCAACAAAGUGGUUAGGAACAUUCCUUAUCAACCAGCAUCAGCAGAGCCACGUUGGGAGGAUCCAGGACCAUAUCAUGUGGCCUACCCACGAAACUACAAAUUCAUCAUGGAUGACACGCCUACAUGUAGGACCACAACUCCUUUCCUUAUUCUGAUGGUUCCUGUUGCACCCGGUAAUGUGGCAACUCGGGAUGCCAUCCGGCAGACGUGGGCAAAUGAGAAGCUGGUUCUGGGUCAGCAGGUAGAGACUGUCUUCAUAGUGGGCCUCCCUGGUGGAAGUGAUGCUAAACAUCAGCAAGAGAAGCUUCAGCAGGAGAAUCAGCUGUACCAUGACCUGAUUCAGAGCAACUUUCAGGACAGCUACUAUAAUCUGACUAUCAAGACUAUGGUCAUGCUGGAGUGGCUGGCUGCACACUGUACUAAGGCUUCCUUUGUCAUGAAGAUCGACUCCGAUGUUAUACUCAAUGUCCCGAAUCUGGUGAAACUGUUGGUGGAUCCUAGCACAGCUAAGCAAAACUAUAUGACUGGGCUGGUUUGGUGGCAUAGUCCUGUUUUAAGGAACCCAUUUAUAAAGUUCUACAUGCCUCGAUCUGUGAUUGCUGAAUCAGAGUACCCCCCGUAUCCGCUCGGCUUUGCCUACGUCAUGUCACUAGACCUUCCUGGGAAGAUCUUGGGAGUGUCACCUGAGAUCAAACCGAUCUACAUUGAAGAUGCUUACCUCGGCAUGUGUCUGAAACGCCUGGGCGUAUCUCCUACUGACCCUCCAGAAGAAACAAUGUUUCUUGUCAAUCCCAGCCAUUCUCUGAGCAGCUGCAGUCUUUCAAAGCUGAUCGCUUCGACAACAACAAGCAUCUUGCAAAUGAAUGACUACUGGGAGAGGAUCAAACGGGGAGUUCAGUGCUGAAGGUUUUCCAAAAAGAGUGAGAACCUGAAUUUGGCUAAUGGAUAAAACAAAAAUGAAAUAUUGCGUAUUUAUUAUGUGGCAAAAUGGAGAUACUUUUGUUACAUCUUGCCAAAUCUGAUGAUUAGGCCAAGUUAACAGAAUUAUUUUUCUCUAAAA